AUGUUCAACGUGGAAAGCCUACAACGGGCCGAGCUUGGGGAGAGCCUCCUUACAUGGAUCCAGACAUUUAACAUUGAAACACCAUGCCAGACUGUGGAAGACUUAACGAAUGGGGUUGUGAUGGCUCAGGUGCUCCAAAAGAUAGAUCCAACUUACUUUGAUGAAAACUGGUUAAACAGAAUCAAAACAGAAGUAGGAGAUAAUUGGAGGCUAAAGGCAAGCAACUUGAAGAAAAUUUUAAAAGGAAUACUGGAUUAUAACCAUGAGAUUCUAGGGCAACAGAUUAACGACUUCACUCUUCCUGAUGUUAACCUGAUUGGAGAGCACUCUGAUGCUGCAGAGCUUGGGAGAAUGCUUCAGCUUAUUUUGGGAUGUGCUGUGAAUUGUGAACAGAAGCAAGAGUACAUACAGACCAUAAUGAUGAUGGAAGAAUCAGUUCAACAUGUUGUCAUGACAGCUAUUCAGGAGUUGAUGAGUAAAGAGUCUCCAGUCUGUUUUGGAAAUGAUGCUUCCAUUGACCUUGAACGUCAGUUGAAGAAAACUACAGAAGAAUUAAAUGAAGCCCUAGCAACAAAAGAAGAAAUUGCCCAGAGAUGUCAUGAGUUAGAUAUGCAGGUUGCAGCACUUCAAGAGGAGAAGAGCAUUUUACUUGCUGAGAACCAGAUUCUGAUGGAACGUUUGAAUCAAUCUGAUUCUAUAGAAGAUCCCAACAGCCCUGCAGGUCGUAGGCACUUGCAGCUGCAGACCCAAUUAGAGCACCUCCAAGAGGAAACAUUCAGGUUAGAAGCUGCUAAAGAUGACUAUCGCAUACAUUGUGAAGAACUAGAAAAGGAAAUUGCAGAACUGAGACAACAGACUGAAGAGCUUAGUACAUUAGCAGAAGAGGCUCAGUCUUUGAAGGAUGAAAUAGAUGUACUCAGGCAUUCUUCUGAUAAAGUGGCCAAGUUAGAAAGCCAAGUAGAGUCAUACAAAAAGAAACUGGAAGACCUGGGUGAUUUGCGGCGGCAAGUGAAACUAUUAGAAGAGAAGAAUACGAUGUACAUGCAAAACACUGUGAGCCUGGAGGAAGAACUAAGGAAAGCCAAUGCAGCACGUAGCCAGCUGGAGACAUACAAGAGACAGGCAGUGGAAUUACAAAACAGAUUAUCUGAAGAAUCCAAGAAAGCUGAUAAACUAGAUUAUGAAUGCAAACGGUUGAAAGAAAAAGUAGACAGCCUCCAAAAAGAAAAAGAUAGAUUAAGAGCAGAAAGAGAUUCUUUAAAAGAAACUAUUGAAGAACUCCAAUGCGUACAAGCACAGAAGGGUCAACUCACCACUGCAGCACUGAUGCCCCUGGGAAGCCAUGAACCUUCAGACAGUCUAGCAGUGGAAAUUGUUACUCCUGAAAUCAAGGAGAAACUCAUUCGCCUUCAGCAUGAGAACAAGAUGUUAAAGCUGAACCAAGAAGGUUCUGACAAUGAAAAGAUCACCUUGUUGCAGAGCUUGCUUGAUGGUACAAAUUUACGGAAGAAUGAAUUGGAGACAGAGAACAGGCUGGUAAAUCAGAGACUGCUAGAAGUACAGUCCCAGGUUGAAGAACUACAGAAGUCUUUGCAGGAGCAAGGUUCAAAAGCUGAAGAUGCUAUUUCGCUGCUUCUGCAAAAGAAACUUGAAGAGCAUCUUGAGAAGCUCCAUGAAGCUAACAAUGAGAUACAGAAGAAACGAGCUAUUAUUGAGGAUUUGGAACCAAGAUGUAAUAAUAGUUCACUCAAAAUUGAAGAAUUACAAGAAGCUUUGCGGAAAAAAGAUGAAGAAAUGAAGCAAAUGGAAGAACGAUACAAAAAGUAUUUGGAAAAGGCCAAAAGU